UACAGAUGACAAGAUAGAAGAUACUCAGAAAGAAGCUGAACAAGCAACCACUUUCUUAGAAGCAAAACUUACAACAAGAGAUGAGCUUGCAUUGGACGGUCUAUCUUUUAAAGAUAAUAAAAAAAAGAAUAACCCUCCUUAA